UCCCGUCAGUCACUCUCUUUUGGAACGGCGCUUUCAACGGUUAUCGCUCGCCGGAGCCCUCCCGAUUCUCGCUCCCCACCGAAGCCCCGCAUUUAACUGUUGCUUUGCUGCGGAUAAGAAGCGCAAAGCAAACGGCAAAGAAAGAUCAAUACGAAGAAGCAAGUAAAGCAAUGACGAAGAUGGGCGGAAAUUUGGCAAUGAUGCUGCUAUUGCUGUUUUUAAGCGAGUUUGCCUCCGGAAAUUGCAACUCCAUACCGACGACUACGACGCCCCAGGGCGUUUUUGAAACCCGCACAGACAAGCUGCCCAGUGUGGCUGCUCCCCUUCCGUCCAGUGGCAGUGGAGUGGGUAUCUACGAUGACAUAGACACCUUUGUGCCCUUCAGGAGCGACUCGCACGAUCCCUUCUCAUGGCACUUGCUCAAAACGGUGCUCCAAAACGAGACGGCCCCUAAAAAUGUGAUCAUCUCACCGUUUUCCGUAAAAUUAGUUCUGGCCUUGCUGGCCGAGGCGGCCGGAGCCGGAACCCAGACCCAACUGGAGCUGGCCAACACUCAGACUGACAUCCGGUCGCAAAACAACGUUAGGGAGUUCUACCGCAAGACCCUAAACUCUUUUAAAAAGGAGAACCAGCUACAUGAGACGCUCAGUGUGCGCACUAAGCUUUUCACGGAUAGCUUUAUUGAGACGCAACAGAAGUUCACGGCCACGCUAAAGCAUUUCUACGACAGCGAAAUAGAGGCCCUAGACUUCACCAAUGCGGAGGCUGCGGCUGAUGCCAUCAACGCCUGGGCCGCCAACAUCACCCAGGGCAGACUCCAACAACUAGUGGCACCGGACAAUGUACGCAGCAGCGUAAUGCUGCUGACCAAUCUUAUCUAUUUCAAUGGGUUGUGGCGCCGGCAGUUUGUAAACACUUUCCAAGGCGCCUUCUUCCGCAGCAAGGAAGAUCAGUCGCGGGCGGAGUACAUGGAACAGACCGACUACUUUUUCUACACCAACUCGGAGAAGCUAAAGGCACAGAUUCUGCGUCUGCCCUACAAGGGGAAGAACUCUAUGUUCGUGCUGCUACCGUAUGCACUGAAUGGUAUUCAUGACUUGGUCCAGAACCUCGAGAACGACGAGCUAAAGGGUGCCCAGUGGGCCAUGGAGGAGGUAAAGGUGAAGGUAACGCUCCCCAAAUUCCACUUUGACUACCAGCAGAACCUCAAAGAGACGCUUCGCAGCCUAGGAGUGCGCGAAAUCUUCGAGGAUAGCGCCUCGCUUCCGGGAUUGACUCGCGGAGCCGAUGUCGCAGGGAAGGUAAAAGUUUCUAACAUCCUGCAGAAGGCCGGAAUUAAUGUCAAUGAGAAGGGAACCGAGGCCUACGCCGCCACAGUCGUUGAGAUCGAAAACAAGUUCGGCGGCAGCACCACAAUUGAAGAAUUCAACGUGAACCGGCCAUUCGUGUUCUUCAUCGAGGAGGAGUCCACCGGAAACAUACUGUUUGCCGGAAAAGUCCACACUCCCACCACGCAGAACUAAUUACCUAACGCGGUUUUAUCUUAAAAUAUGCAAUAAAAAUAUAAAGAAAACAGA